AUGCUUGAAAUUAGGAUAGUUUUUACUUUACAAAUCAAAUCAAAUGGUGUUUGUUGGCAGAUAUUCAGCAAUGGGAAAUACAAGAGUGUGAAGCAUAGAGCUGUUGUGAAUAACCAAGCAACAAGAAUUUCAGUUGUUAAAGCCAAUGGUCCAGCACCAGAUGCCAUUGUUUGUCCAGCUUCACCAUUAGUACAAAGAGAUGGGCGUCCACUGUAUCGGCCAUUCAAAUACAUAGAAUAUGUAGAAACACAGCUCAGUAAUACAGUAGAAGGCAAAGUGAACUUGGAUUAUGCGAAGAUCCAAGACAACUAG